GAGGAGUUAUCAUUUUGUUGACUUUGACACACUCCGCGUUAAGCCGAACCCAAAUCGAACCACCGUCCCACGUGGCAUUACCCACUUCUUAUCUUCCACCUGUACCCGCCAAAUUCCAAAUCUCUCUCUCUCUUAAUUCCAUUCAUCAUCACAUUCUCAUCUCUCUUUCUAUUUUCUCUCUCCUCUUCCAUUCAAUUCCUCAAGCGCCACCACAACGAUGCCGUAUUGCGACGUUGGAACACAAACAUCUUCCCCAGCCACCUCCUCAUCCGCCGUCGCACCCGCCGAUGCUCAUCUCAACAAUGACGUCAAAAUCUUCUACAGAACCUACGGUCGCGGUCCUACCAAAGUCCUUCUCAUCAUCGGAUUGGCUUCGACGCAUGAAGGAUGGGGUCCACAAAUAAAGGGAUUUACUGGAACAAACGUACCUAAUGAUGAAGACGACGCCGUUUGGAGUUGUGAAGGUGAUAAUGAGGCCGGCGGUGGUAUUCAGGUUUGCGCUUUUGAUAAUCGGGGCGUUGGUCGGAGCUCCGUGCCCAUUAGAAAGUCCGAUUACUCAACGAAGAUUAUGGCAAAGGAUGCAAUUACUUUGUUGGAUCAUUUAGGUUGGAAAAAGGCACAUGUUUUUGGGCAUUCCAUGGGAUCUAUGAUAGCUUGUAAAUUAGCAGCAAUGGUUCCUGAUAGAGUUCUCUCCAUGGCAUUGCUCAAUGCAACAGGUGGUGGUUUUCAAUGUUUUCCAAAGUUUGACCGACGAACAAUCUCCGUUGCUUACCGAUUCUUGAAGGCAAAGAGUCCUGAGCAAAGAGCUGAAGUUGACUUGGACACCCACUAUUCACAAGAAUAUCUUGAGGAAUAUGUUGGAACCGUGAAAAGGAGAACGAUAUUGUAUCAGCAAUAUGUUAAAGGUAUAUCAAGUAGUGGAAUGCAAUCUAACUAUGGCUUUGACGGUCAACUCAGUGCAUGUUGGAACCAUAAAAUGACUCAAAAAGAGAUAGAAGCAAUCAAAUCUGCAGGUUUUCUUGUUUCAGUCAUUCAUGGCAGGGCUGAUAUAAUUGCUCAGCUAUAUUAUGCAAGAAGACUUGCGGAGAGGUUUCAUCCAAUGGCUCGGCUGGUAGAGCUUCACGGAGGUCAUUUAGUGAGUCAUGAGCGGCCUGAAGAGGUUAAUCAAGCACUGUUUGACUUGAUCAAGGCCUCAGAAGUGAAGAUGAUCCCACAUGAUUGGACUAACUUGCCAAAUACACAGUCUUGGUGGAAAGAGAGAAGGAUGUUAUUAGUCAAAAACAAUCAGAGUGGAAACAACAUCUCCACUGAGUACAUAAUAGAAAAACUGCAUUUCUGCAUACUAUACUUCCUUAGCCUCCUUAUUUUGGUAUUUGAAUUUGGAAGAAAGCUUGUAAGGAGCUUAAAGCCAGUUCGAGUUGGAAGUUCCACUGCAUACAUUGACAGUCAAUAAACCCCUUCUUUUUUUACUAGGUGGGUAAUUUAUAAUUUUGUAAACCCUUGAGUGGAAGAUCACAACACGGGUUCAGCUCGAUGAGGAUCAUGUUUAAGGCAAUUUUGACUCUGUUUCCUCAGGGGGUGGACUAGGAUUUCUCCCAGAUAGUGAGUUAUCAUGACACCAAACAUAGCCCUUAUUGACAUGAUGAAUGUAUAGCCAAUACAUCAAAGGGAAAGAGAAGAGGAUUGGAUGAUCCACUUUUCUUUGAUACACUGUAAUAAUAUAAUGUUGUACAUUUAAAACAGAUUAUUAAACUAUAAAAAAUCUGCUUCAUACCACUCGAUGGAUGUCAUGACUCAUGACCUCAGAAUAGGAAAAUCCUUCAUUGACAGUUAUAAAUAAUUUAUGAAAAAUUGUUGACCAAA